GCCAGAGUGUGUGUGUGAGAGCUAGAGCACAAAGAGCAGCGAGCCGAGGGAGAGAGCAGGGAACCGGAGUGAGGCGUGCGGCGGCGGAGCAGCUCUACCGACCGGAGCACAGCGACUGAGAAGCGGAGCCGCCGGGCACGGAGCAGCAGCAGCAGCAGGAGGAGGCGAGCGCUGGAGGACUGGACGCUGCACGGGGCUCUCUGCAGCAUCCCUGUCAGUGUGGUCCCCAGGCAGGAUGCUGCUUGUGCGCUGCCCGGAGCUGCAUCCUCUGCGCUCAGCCAUGUGACAGCUCCGGAGCGAGAAGGAGAUGUGACCCGGGAGCCGCUGUCGGGUUCCUGCUGUUGUGUGCGGAGCCCGUCCUGUCCCCCCCAUUUAUCCCAGGCACCGAUCGCGGAUCCCUGCGGCUGUGCCACCUCCGCGCAGCCACACAUGCCGGUUCUCCCCCGCUGCUCGCCUCGGUCAGCGCUGAGGCUCCUCUAACAGCCGGACGCAUCCCCGCCGGGGGCGUCGCAUGUUCAAGUCCAGACGCACCGGGCUGGUUCGGCGCCUGUGGCGGAGCCGGGCGGGCGGUGAUGGGGGAGUGUCUUGCUGCGGUCUGUCCGAGCCGCCCGGCGGGUCCCCGGAGCUGGGCUCUGCGGCGUCAGGCGUGCUGAAGCGCUUGAAGGAGCAGGCGCUGUGCACGCUGCUGGAGGCGGUGGAGUCCCGGGGCGCAGCGCCCGGAGCUUGUGUGCUGGUGACCCGAGCCGGGCCCCCGCCUCACCUGCUGCUCUGCAGACUGUUCCGCUGGCCUGAGCUGCAGCAUCCCGGGCAACUGAAAGCGCUGAGCGGGUGUCAGGGGCCCGGAGGAGCGGACAGCAACGGCAUGUGCUGCAACCCCUACCACUACAGCCGCCUGUGCGGACCCGAAUCUCCUCCACCUCCAUACUCACGGCUGUCUCCAAAAUUUAAGCAAAAACCUCUGGAUCUCUCCGAUUCAUACACUGAAAUGGAUGCGUCAAGUUCCCUGUGUAUCACUGCUGGUGAUGUCCCAGUAGACACCAGUCUGUCUUUUGACUCCAGUAAGCAGGGCCAUUGGUGCAGUGUGGCGUACUGGGAGCACCGGACACGCGUGGGCCGCCUCUAUGCUGUGUGUCAGCCUUCAGUCAGCAUCUUCUAUGAUCUACCUCAAGGGAGCGGCUUCUGCCUGGGCCAGUUGAAUCUGGAGAAUCGGAGUGAGGCUGCGUCUAGGACACGAGGGAAGAUCGGACUGGGUAUUGUGCUAAGCAAGGAGCCGGAUGGGGUGUGGACCUAUAAUCGCAGCGACCACCCUAUUUUUGUAAACUCUCCAACGCUUGAUUCACCCAGCUGCCGGUCCCUUGUUGUACGCAAGGUGAUGCCCGGCUAUUCCCUCAAAGUGUUUGACUAUAAGAAGUCGUGCAUCCUACAGCAUCUCCCCGCGCCCCCGGAAUAUGCAGAUGGACCGUAUGACCCUAACAGUAUACGCAUCAGUUUUGCUAAGGGCUGGGGACCAUGCUACUCUCGCCAGAUGAUCACCUCCUGCCCCUGCUGGCUGGAGGUGUUGUUAGGACGGUAGCAGCCAGUCCACUGUUUUUUUUUUUUGCCGUUUUUGUUUCUUCUCCAUUCAGUUGAUGUAUUAACAUCGAAGGAUACAGACCACUUCCAGCUGACCGAUUAGUUAGUAAGGCCCCUGGUUAACCCCUCUUCUGUCAUGGAGGCAUGCAUUACCUGGUUUAUAAUCUACACGCGUGUUAAUAAUGCACAUCAUGCCUCAUUGCCAGAAGAUGGGCUUUCCAACAUCAAUACACGAUGGAACUGAGGAGCCAUUUCCUUCUUUGGGAUUUAACCUUGAUUUAGCCCCGUUUCCUCAUGCUCUUGGCUGUAGCUGCCAUGUUAUCCUGCAUGUUUGAAGAACACGGCUGUGAACACCCUGAUGCCGCACAACUAUGCACAUGGUUACAAGAUGACACCUCUGUGGAUCUGCGUCAUGUCACAUUAACCUUUCCGGUGCCAUAAGAAUGAACCUCUUCUUGCCACAAGGACCUGGACUGCCUUGCUUGCCUUUUUUUUUUUUUUAAACUUUGCAAUGUACUGCAGGUCCUUGGUAUUGAAAUAGUUAAUUUCCUUUUGAAGGAGGCAUCCACACUACUACACACACUUCUCACAAAAAAAAAGGACUCUCCCAAAUACCGUGCCCUAGAUUUAAUAUAAAAUGUUUAUAUAUUAUAUGGAAAAUAUAUAUUAUACUUGUAAAUACGGAGUCAUUUUUACAAUGUCAUUAUUUAUGUAUGGUGCAAUGUGUAUAUGAACCUAAGUACAAAUAAAAUGCACUUUGGCUUUUACAGU